AUGGAAUGGAGAGAGGUGAGGAAAAGAAGGGUUGGCCAACCCUUUUCUGAGAGAAUAUCGGUAAGGCACCAAAGAUAUCCAAAUCCUAGGAACACAAGCCUCAGUUCGAGAAGAACCUUCAAUGGAACAGACGGUGGUAGAUUUGGGCGGCAAUCGACGGGGGGGGAGUGGAAUGGGAGGGAUAAGGCGAUCACCACUUUCUUCGUCAACAAUUUGCCAGACGGCUGCAGCGCGGAUUUUCUGAGAAGAAAGUUUGCCACGGUCUUGGAACCUACCGAAGUUGUUUGUCCAAAAAAGAGGGAUUUGCGUGGGAAAGCUUUCGGUUUUGUUAGGUUCGAGGGGGUGAGUUUUCCCGAUAAGUUACUUGCGGAUCUGAACACGCUAUGGAUCGGCAGUUAUAAAAUCAGGGUCUAUAAACCAAGGUUUGAGCGAGAACUGAGGGCUGAAAGGCGGGAGGAUUUGAAGCUUGAAGGAGUGGCUGAUAAGGGUCAGGAGAAAGUUCGUGUUUUGGAGAGAGCGGAUAGGAAAGCUGGAAUUUCCUUCAAAGAUAUUCUCACGGGGAACGAAGGAAAGGAGACACGAGCAGAAGAAGUACUUCACUUCAAGCCAACGGAGGAGGAGAAAGCUUGGAUACUUGGGGCGGUUACCGGUCUUCUGAAAAAUGAGUUCUUGUGGGAAGAGGUCAAAGACGAAAUCAUCGGAGAAUGUUCGGGGAAAUUGAAAGUUUCGACACUUGGAGGGAAUCUCGUUCUCUUUCAAAGUGCAUGCGGAGAUCCAACUGAAGAAAUCCUUAAAGAGAUGGACGAAUGGUUUCAGUUCUGGUUCUUGUGGAGUAGGAAAUGGAAGAUCGGCGAUGUUUCGCAUCAAAGAGUGGUAUGGACCAAAUGGGUGGGUGUGCCUUUACAUGCAUGGAAUCCUCGUUUUUUCAACGAUGCAUGUGCUAGCUUUGGUGCGGUACGUAAAAUUCAUGAAGGCACCGCGACAAAUGAAAAGUUCGAUGAAGCCUUCAUUCAGGUUGCCACGGGCCUCUAUUCAUGCGACAGAAUUUUGGAUUGCGUGAUCGAGGGGACGUGUUUCAAAAUUCGUGUUGAGGAGGUCCGAGAUGCACCCAAUCUCUGUGCCGGAUGUAAGGCGGAGGAGGAGAGGACGAAAUCGGACUCCGAUUGGUCUUGGAAGGAGGACUCAACGGGGCCGGCAGAUGCUAUUAUCGAGGAUAACGACAAGCAAUCUUACAACAGCGGCGGGGUUUCAUUGUCCCAAGGAACAGUCUCUUCGCUUCCACCAUCGCGUGAGGGGGGUAGAACAGAGGCUCUGAUAUCCAAUGAUGAAAAUGCGGCGGAGGUUGUUUCGUGCGGGAAAAAUGUGCCUAAAGGGAAUGUGGGCGGCAAUGUCAGAUGA